AUGUCAUUCAUGACAUCAAACAGCGGAGUCCGCGAGAGCAGGAUUAUGCGCAAGAUGGAUGAAAACCUGAAGACCUCGAGUGGAUCCGAGAAGUCGACUCUCGUGAGGGCGCACGAGCUUGUGAAGCUGGUAGGACUCUUCACAUCGGUCAUCGUAAGGGAGACUUGUAUGCGAAGGCCCAUGGAAGAGAGGUGCGAGGGACCCUUUGUCAACCUGCUCAAGGCCGGGAUCACAAUCAGCACCAUCAUCAUGCUCUUCUUCAUGUGCACGGCAGCUAAGGGUCCAUGCAGGCAGCAGAUGGAGCUGGCGCUGGAGAGCGAGGACGCCCAGCAGAGGUUGAUCGACAGAGAUCACCGGCUGCUGGCCGACAGCCGAAGCGUGAGGCAGACGUGCUUCCAGCGGCUCAAGCGAAUCGUGAGAUCGAACCUGCUCACAUGGACCUUGUUGUUUCCUCUCAACAUGAUUCACCCCCUUCCAGGGUACUCCAGGAUGUGGACGAUUGAGCAGCUGGGAAUACAGCCUGUCUACCGUGUAGAAUCGCUGACCUCCGCUGCCAUGCUGAUCCGCGUGUACCACAUCUUCAUGCUGAUCAAGCUCAAGCUGCUCACCAAGUACCUCAGCCUCGACUCCUCGCUUAUCAUCCGCAACGAAAACGCUAUCAAGCAGAUGAACGACCCCAGCUUGUCGCAGCCUGUCCUGGCGAUCAAGAUCGCUCUCACUCGUCAACCUAUGUACCUCAUCGGCACCUGCUGGGCCGUUCUCAUCUUCGCUGCAACAUGGAUCAUCAGGAUCUCCGAGAACACUCCCGGGAACCUUUUCAGCGUCUACGUCUGGGAUCAGCUCUGGCUUGUCAUGGUAACAAGCACCACAACGGGAUACGGAGAUGUUGUUCCCCACACUCACUUUGGGAGAUUCGGGGGGAUGCUGUGUAUGACCGCGGGGCCCAUUCUGAUCUCGAUCAUGACCGCCACCUUCUCUAGGAGUAUGACGCUCAACCCGCAGGAGACGAAGCUCAUGCGCACGCUGGACGGGGACAAGAAGCAGAGCCAAGUCAUCAUCGUGGCUGCCAAGAUGAUUCAGCUGUGGUGGAGGGGACGCACGCGGAUGCUGUGGUUCAAUCCGGACAACGAGAUGUCGAUGCGCCGGCUGCUGGACCUGGAGGACGAAGACCGCGAGAGGAUGGAGAACCUCUUCUGCCAGCUGAUGGAGGCGCAGCAGAAGCUGAGGCGCUUCAAGAAUCAAGUGGGAUAUCAUGAGGUUGGAGAGAGCACGGAGCAACCAGAUACUGCGAAGAGACGCGGGAGCAUGGAGAGGAACUCCUCGAACAUCGCCAACGCGCUCAUGCUCGCAUACCAGCAGCAGAAAGGAACGAGUCUAAAGGAGAAGGUUUCCCAGGCAGGGAAGCGGAGGGGGAGUCAGGAUUCGGAAACGAACGAUCCGGAGGAUGUUACAACUUCUGCUCUGACAGGAGCAGGAGAGGGAGGCAGAGGAGGCAGAGGAGCGAAUGACAGUGGGGCCAUGCAAGACAAAUCCGAGCUGAACCAUCGUGACUACCUUGCUGCACUUUCAACACUAUCGGACCAGGUCGGCGAGCUGCGCAAAGUCACCCUCCAGCAAGGCCGCAUGCUUGCAAGCCUGUCAAAUUCCAUGGCCUCCAUCGAGAGCAGCCUCCACCUCCUGGCAAUCUCCCCUCCUCCUCCUCUGUCCUCUCACUCACUGCUCGGUGUUUCCCAGCUGCCGGAUCUGCACGUACCCAAGAGAAACUCCGAGGCCAUCAAGCACAGCCCGCGAACUCCAGACACUCACAGGAGAAGCCAUGAAUCGCACGGCCAACCCCCUUCGAGCUCCCUCGCCCCACGGCGAAGCAAGUCUGAAGACGAGCUGGUGAUCCCGCUCAACGGAGGAGCGAUGAAGAUUAAAUACCCCGGCCCUCAAGAUAACCAUUCAGAGACGGCGGAUCUCGUGUUUGAGGAUAGAAGCCCUCCAAGGACGGGCCCUCACCUGCUCCCUCCAAGAUCUCAACGUCGAACCUCCGAGGAGCCGCUCACUGACCUCCCGUUGCUCCACAGCAAGAAGGCCUUCCAAGAGUUCUGCUCGAGGCCUCGGGCAGUCCCAGCGAGCUCCUCCGACCGGCUCGUCAGGCUGUGGAAGGAGGCAGCAUCGCUCAAGUCACCAGAUCGAAGUUCAAGUCAAGACAUUGAAGAGAUCCAGCAAGCGGAGGACCAUCAUGCCGGCAGGAAGAAGGUCGAGCUCUCCGGCCGCCCUCCUGACGUGUCUGAAGUUCUGCCGCAGCAGCCACACGGUCGCUCGUAG